CUUUGGAGGCAGGUUCUAAGUUCGUCUUAUGGCGAAUGCGAGGUAUAAGAAGGCCCUUCAAUCCGGUCUGUAAGGAAUUUGUUCUCCAUCUCAGAAUCAUCAGCUUCCAGAUCAUCUUGCAAACAGACACUCAAUAACCAGUCUUUCGUUACAGCGCAAUCUUUUCGACUUCGUCUUCUUCCAGUUUAUUCUCCGUCGCGAUGUAUACCCACGGUGCUUUCCUCCUCGCUAGCUUGCUUGCGGCUCUGCCGCAGAGCUAUGCCGUUCCGGCGCCACAAAUGGGAGACUAUGGCGAGAACAAAGGCCCCGUUGGCGGUGUCGAUCCGCCCAUUCCCACCGUGACUACACCUACGGGAAGUCUCAGAGGAGAUUCUAGCCUUCUCGGAGGCAACGCAGCGCGACCUGACCCCGAGACUGGCGGCUCCGCCAACGUCGACGACGUUACACUCGUGCCCGGCCAGGAAGCAGACGGAAAGCUCGGCUUGUACCUGAACUUUGAUGGUGUCGACGUCCCGCAACCGAUCCGCGGCGGACUAGGAUCUCCGGACCCGGGCCCAAGAACCUACGACUAUGAGAAGCUAAACCCCGAUCUCUUUGCCCCGCCCGGCACCGACAAGGGCGAUGUCGAGAACGCCAUGUGGCCGUUGGGCCUUUCGCAUAACCGUCUCGGCAGCCAAGAGGGCGCCGGCUGGGCGCGGCAGCAGAACACUAAAGUUCUGCCCGUCGCUUCUGCCAUGGCGGGUGUCGAUAUGAAGUUGCAGCCUAACGCUUACCGCGAGCUUCACUGGCACACCUCCGCUGAGUGGGCGCUCAUGCUCAAGGGAUGUUGUCGCAUCGCAGCGAUGAAUGAGGAUGGAAAGAGCUUCGUCGACGAUGUGUGCGAGGGCGAUGUAUGGUUCUUCCCGAAGGGGGUCCCUCAUAGCAUUCAGGCGUUUGACCAAGGCACAGAGUUCCUCCUCGUCUUCGACCAGGGAAGCUUCAGCGAAGAGAACACAUUCCUCGCUUCUGAGCUAUUCUUGAGGAACCCCUUGUCCGUUCUUUCCAAGAAUCUUAAGACGGAUGUUUCUGCAUUUGACAAGAUCCCCAAGGAUCAGCUUUAUAUCUUCAAUGGUACACCUGCGCCAAAGGACAUUGAGCAGCAGAACCAGACCUCAUCAGCAGGAUCGCUGACUGGUGCUGAAUCAUACACCUACCAUUGGUCGCAACAAAAGCCCUUCCAAGUCCCCGGCGGAUCCGUCAAGAUCCUCGACCCGCAAACGUUCCCCAUUGCGGAGAACUUCUCGGCUGCCCUUGUCGUCGUCCAGCCCGGCGCCAUGCGUGAGAUCCACUGGCACACCACCAGCGACGAGUGGAACUACUUCCUGCAGGGCUCCGGCCGCAUCACAAUCUUUGAAGCCCCUGAGGCUUCGCGUACCUUUGACUUCACCGCCGGCGAUGUUGGUUACGUGAAGGUUGGUGACAGCCAUUACAUCGAGAACACUGGUACCGAGGACGUUAUCUUCCUUGAGGUCCUUCAGGCGCCCAAGUUCUCGGACAUCAGCGUUGCGCAAUGGCUGGCCCUUACCCCGAAGCAGGUCGUCAAGGAUACUCUUGGCCUCUCUGACGAAGUGAUUGCUGCGAUUCCCAAGGAGAAGGAGUACAUCAAGGUUGGCAACACCAACAUGACGGCGCUGGCCGAUGGUGGACGUAACUUCAAGAAGUUUAAGGCUUAGUUCCUUACUUGAUUCUCUUCAUUUCUACUGUAGAUAUUUUCGGACGCGCGAGUUUUGCGAAUUGGGUCUGGCAUGGAGACAGGAGUUUAGUCGUUCGAUAGCGUGC